AUGUUUCCAUUGCUGCAGUAUGAGAAGCAUGGAACGUGUGGAUCUCCUGUAAUCUUACAAGAAUAUGAUUACUUCUUGACAACUCUCACCCUUUUCUUCAAGUAUAAUGUCACUGAAGCUCUAGAGAACGCUGAAAUUGUAGCUUCCGAUAUCAGAAAGUAUCCUAUUCAAGAUGUCCUUAACGCAGUUCACUCGGCUUUCAAAGCAAAUCCAAAGCUUGCAUGCAUUAAAAACGGGAUUAUUAAAGAAAUGUAUCUAUGCUUUGACAAACAGUUCAAGCUACGUGAUUGUGAUGCUACAAAAUCAUGUCCCAAAUCUGUUAAACUCCCAAAAUUUCAUAAGCCACAGGAACCUGAUGUGAUUAAGAGAGCAAUCCCAAGAGUGAUUGAUAUUGAAGAAAUUAUGUAGCUUCAUUUUGGGCCUUUGCAAAAGAUAAGAAAUAUUCUUGAAGAAACUAUGCAAAUUUUAUUGUAAAUGCUUCAAUUACCA